GGAACCCGGUGCCGGGAACCCGGAAGCGCCGGUGCGGGCGCGGGGCGGCCGGGAUGGCGGGGCCCGGCUGGGGCCCCCCGCGGCUGGACGGCUUCAUCCUCACCGAGCGCCUGGGCAGCGGCACGUACGCCACGGUGUACAAGGCCUACGCCAAGAAGGACACUCGAGAGGUGGUAGCCAUAAAGUGCGUGGCCAAGAAGAGUCUCAACAAGGCAUCCGUGGAAAACCUCCUGACAGAGAUUGAGAUCCUCAAGGGCAUUCGACACCCCCACAUUGUACACCUGAAAGAUUUCCAGUGGGACAGUGACAACAUCUAUCUCAUCAUGGAGUUCUGUGCAGGGGGAGACCUGUCUCGCUUCAUCCACACGCGCAGGAUUCUUCCUGAGAAGGUGGCUCGCAUCUUCAUGCAGCAGUUGGCCAGUGCCCUGCAGUUUCUGCACGAACGGAACAUCUCUCACCUGGAUCUGAAGCCACAGAACAUUCUGUUGAGCUCCUUGGAGAAACCCCACCUUAAACUGGCAGACUUCGGUUUCGCACAGCACAUGUCCCCUUGGGACGAGAAGCACGUGCUCCGGGGCUCCCCUCUCUACAUGGCCCCCGAGAUGGUGUGUCGGCGGCAGUACGACGCCCGGGUGGACCUCUGGUCCGUGGGUGUCAUCCUGUAUGAAGCCCUCUUCGGGCAGCCCCCCUUCGCCUCCAGGUCGUUCUCAGAGCUGGAAGAGAAGAUCCGGAGCAGCCGGGCUGUGGAGCUCCCGCUGCAGCCCCUGCUCUCUCGAGAUUGCCGUGACCUGCUGAAGCGGCUCCUGGAGCGAGACCCCGGCCGCCGCAUCUCCUUCCAGGACUUCUUUGCCCACCCCUGGGUGGACCUGGAGCACAUGCCCAGUGGGGACAGCCUGGCGCAAGCUACCGCCUUGGUGGUGCAGGCAGUGAAGAAGGACCAGGAAGGCGACGCCGCGGCUGCCUUAUCUCUCUACUGCAAGGCGCUGGACUUCUUUGUGCCUGCCCUACACUAUGAGGUGGACGCCCAGCGGAAGGAAGCAAUCAAGGCCAAGGUGGGGCAGUAUGUGUCCCGGGCUGAGGAGCUCAAGGCCAUCGUCUCCUCUUCCAGUCAGGCCCUGCUGGGGCAGGGAGCCUCUGCUCGAGACUUGCUCAAAGAGAUGGCCCGAGACAAGCCACGCCUCCUCGCUGCCCUGGAAGUGGCUUCGGCUGCCACGGCCAAGGAGGAGGAAGCUGGUGGGGAGCAGGACGCCCUGGUCCUGUACCAGCACGUCCUGGGGGAGCUGCUGCUGCUGCUGGCAGCGGAGCCCCCAGGCCGGAGGCGGGAGCUGCUUCAUACUGAGGUUCAGAACCUCAUGGCUCGAGCUGAAUACCUGAAGGAGCAGAUUAAGAUGAGGGAUUCUCACUGGGGAGCCGAGGCCUUGGAUAAAGAAGGGAUGUUGGAGUCUGUUCGCAGCUCUUGUACUCUCCAGUGACCCCGGAAAGAUGACUGGACACCCCAUCUGGAGUUAGGGGAGCAUAACCCAGGCUGACGUCCAGGAUUCUUUGGUCCUCUGCAAAGCAGGCUUCCUGGGUGGGCCACUAUAGCCCCCACAUUUUAAGCUCUCUAGCCCCCCUCAGAAUGCUCUCCAGUCCCCAAAGUGCUGAAGACUGAUGUCAUCUUCUGGAAGCACUGGGCCUGGGCCCCGAGCACGGUGUGGAUGUUUAAGCCCGGACUCUGGAAAGAUGAUUCUUAAAUAUGACUUUUUUUUGGUGGCUGCUGGGUCUGGAGCCUGUUGAGUGGAGGCAUGAAAAUCCUGGCUUUGCUCUGAGAGGAGGACAAGGUUCUUUCUUGGCCCUCCCUGCCAGCAGGCAGCUGUCCUCCCUGGGAAACCUUACUGCCGCUCACCUCCUGUGCACUGGAAUGAGAUACCCCAAGACCCCUCAGGGAUGACCCCACCCUACAGAACUCCAGUCUUCCUGGGAAUGACCACCCCUACCCUCACUGUGUUAAGAUAAUCCUUGAAGCAUGAAAAUAAUGUACUUUGUACUGUGGCGAGUGGGGCAAAUAUGAGAAACUCACACCUUGUUCCUGCCCGGGCACAAGGGGAAGGGGGGUGGCCUCAGUCCUCAUCCUUCUCCCUCCAUCCUUCUUCCGUCAACACCCCUUCUUUGUCAAAAAACUGGUUCUGGCCUGGGAGGAAGAAGCAUGUGGCUACCUGACCCCUUGGGCUUCGGGGGACCCAACAAUCAAGGAGACCCUGUUCUCAGUCUCACACUGCCGCUACCCAUGCGACUCCCCCCCCAUCUCUCCAGGGGGGCUGCUAACAGCACCCCCCGCCCCUGCAUGUACAAACACACGGGCCCUGGAGAGGAAUGUACGCCUGGAAUUAUUGGGGGGGUUUCUUUAUAAAAAAAAUCAGAGGGUGUUGAUAAUUUCUAGCCCUUUUGCCCUUAAAAGCCUCUGUGGAGCCAGUAACCUAUCUCCCUUCGGGGGGCUGGGUGUAAAGAAUGUAUAUAAUUCAUUGUUUCACUAUUAAAUUAUUUUCUGAAACUGCUU